ACUGUUUCUAAUAAAUAUUUUAAUUUAUGCGCCGUUUUCAUUGAGAAAUUUAGUGACCGACGAUUUGACUCAGUGUCGUGGCGGUUCCACCCAAAUCCUGCAGAUGGCGGUAAAGCGCAUUUUGAACUAUUGUCCGAUGCCACGACUGUCAAAUGUUUCAAGAAGAAGAAGAAAAUGUUGCUCAAUGCUAAUGCUAACUGCGGCGGGCUAAGACAAGUCCCUUGUUAUUUGUCGCAUGAUACGAGUCAGAAACACAAAGAUAAACGAUGUUAUAGUUGAAUACACAGCUACUGAGUUUUUUUUUUUUUUUUGUCUUGACCACUCCGUAGAACUUGUCCCGUCCGUGUGGUUUUAUUUUGAAAUGUAAGGACGGAAAUGCAAGGAGUGCCCUUUUGGGCUUUACGCUCAGCUUCUCUUUUCUCCGUCGGACACGCGCAGAUAAGAGUCGAGUCCACCGAAGAUGCUUUUGCCCUGGAAGAAGCUCCCAGCAUGCGUUUCGCACCCGCAGGUGUCGGCGCAGUCGGGACGGGCUGGACGUGUGCUGCGUGGGGUUGAGGAAGCGGUCCCGUGUCACGGCGGAGGAGACAAAGAUUCCAUUUGAAGCCGCCUUCUAAUUCGCGUGGACUCACAGGUAGAAAAAAAUGAUCACCCCUCGCGAUUGAAUUAAAGCGGCUGGCAAGAAGGCGGCGUCUUGGCGUUUUGACCUGUGGGACUGCGGUGAGGCGGCGAGGACCAUUUCAUUAGCCCUGGAGACUCCCCCACUGGAGGCUUUUUUUUUUUCGUCGCUUGGUAUUUUCCCAGGAUACGAAGCCAGAAGUUAAGCAACGACGAACGGACGACGGUGAAGUACCGCAUUGGAUGACUUUGACAGGAAUCCUUUGGACGUUUUCAGCAUGGAGCUCUUGGGAGCUGUUGCAGCAUUGAUACGGAGUUAAGAUUUUGUCUCCUGUUGACACCCGACGAGGGACAUCCGCAAACGAGCGUCAUCAGUUCAUUCGAUCGGUCUCAAAGUUCUUUCUGGCCCCCGUUGAAAUGAUCAAUGGCGGUUUUGCAAGGGCUUAAACAUCACAGCGUCUAAGAUGAUCAAAAUCUCGCUCCCGCCCCCGAUCGCAGUUUCUCCUUUUGGAUUCUGGAUUCUGGAUUCUGGAAUCAUCUCGUCGUCAGCCAAAAAUGCUUUGACCAAUGAAUCAAACAGUUUUGUCUGCGUAAGGUGAACUGUGCAAAUGGCGUCAUGCAGGAAUGCAACUACUGACUUGAAGUGGGCCAGUGGAUGAGUGGAAAUCUUCCUAAAGUUUCCACAAGGUCCGCCCUGCUCACCGGGGGAUAACGUCUCUCAUUCAGUCUGCCUUUUCCCUUGAAGAGCUCGAACAAUCGCCGCUGUGGGCGUAACACCGUGGCGCCGGAGUUUGCCUUCUUCCUCUUGGAUUUUAUUUGUGGGCUCUCGGAUUUUGCAGCAGCGACAUGGCGUCCCCUCAACGUCAACAACUGCUGCCGCACAACACAGAGGUGAGCUGUGACUCGAGUGGCGAGGGCGUCUCAGUGAGGAUUGGCAGCAGCGUGAAAGUCAAGCACGGAGGGGGGCCGCUGGGUUCCAUCGGGGGAGGCUUCGUGGCAGGGUCCAAGCGCUGCAAGUACAGUAUCUCGUCCAGCUGUAGCUCCGGGGAGUCCGCGGUCAGGAGGACGUUGGUCAAGAGCUUCCGGUCGCAAAGGAGAGUCCCUCAACUUUUCGAGAGGUCUGCCGGUCACUUCUGGGACCCGAAAUUUGACUCGUCCAUCCUGGAGGAAGCGUGCAGAGAACGCUGUUUCCCCCAGACGCAACGGCGUUUCCGCUACGUCCUCUUUUACUUGUCUUCGGCCGCCCUCCUCUGGGGGUUUUACUUUGCCGCCAACCCGUCCCGCUGCGACAGGAUAGUCUUCCUAAUCCCCACUGUAUCCUUCCUCCUUUUCUGCCUCUUCCUCUUCCUCCUAACGUUUACCAAGGUCUACUCUCGCUGCUACACUCAAGCAUCUCUGCUGCUCAUAGUCGUCACCUUCGUGCUGACCCUGGCCCCUCAGAUCCAGACAUCGCGCUUCAAAGAUCCAGAGCCUUUCGCUGAUUCGUUAACCGGGGAUCAUUUCAGCGGCCCGCCACAAAACGUCUCCUACCCAAGGACUGCAGAGGGUAGCGCCCGGUCGGCCUGCGUCUCCCCCGUCGGGACCUUCUCGCUCUGUAUCGAGGUUCUCCUGUUGCUGUACAGUGUUCUUCACGUGCGUCUCUUCGCUUCAGUCUUACUCGGGUUCCUCUACUCGGUCUGUUUUGAAAUUUUGGGCUGGUUCCAUCUCACCCAGACCGGCGGCACUUUGAGUUUAAUCCCCGAAAAAGACCUGGCCGUCCUCGGUUGGUUGGGACCGGCCAAAGCCCUGCUCCACCUGUGCGCCCACGCCAUUGGCAUUCACCUGUUCAUCAUGUCUGAAGUACGGUCACGCAGCACCUUCCUGAAGGUGGGACAAGCGAUCAUGCACGGCAAAGACUUGGAGGUGGAGAAAGCCUUAAAGGAGCGGAUGAUCCACUCCGUCAUGCCCAGAAUUGUGGCAGAUGAACUGAUGAAGCAGGGCGACGAGGACAUAGGCGACACUUCUGUCAAGCGAUACUCCACGAGCGGCGCAGCUGCCGUCAUCGCCAGCCCCAAGAACUAUAAACGCAAGAAAACCUCCAUCCCCCGAGGUCAGAUCAUCUUCAGACCCUUCAACAUGAAAAGGAUGGAGCCCGUCAGCAUCCUCUUUGCCGAUAUCGUGGGUUUCACAAAAAUGUCCGCCAACAAAUCCGCUCACGCCCUGGUGGGCCUCCUCAAUGACUUGUUCGGACGUUUCGACCGACUGUGCGAGCUGACCGGCUGCGAGAAGAUCAGCACCCUCGGGGAUUGCUACUACUGUGUGGCCGGGUGUCCCGAACCCAGGCCCGACCACGCGUACUGCUGCGUGGAAAUGGGCCUGGGAAUGAUCCAGGCCAUUGAACAGUUCUGCCAGGAGAAGAGGGAGAUGGUCAACAUGAGAGUGGGCGUCCACACCGGCACCAUCCUGUGCGGCAUCCUGGGCAUGAAACGCUUCAAGUUUGACGUCUGGUCCAACGACGUCAACCUGGCCAACCUGAUGGAGCAACUGGGCGUGGCCGGCAAGGUCCACCUCUCGCAGGCUACCGCCAACUUUCUGGAUGACCGCUACCGACGCGAAGACGGGCAGGUCACCGAGCGAGUCGGUCAGAGUGUGGUGGCGGACCAGCUCAAGGGCCUGAGGACUUACCUGAUUUCCGGAAGGAAACCGGAGAAGCCCCCUCCUCGUGGCUGCCCCCAGUCGGCCUGCGAGCACUCGCGGGGAGCGCGACCCGCUGAUGGCGCCCCGUCAGCCCGCAGCCUUCCCCAGCCUCCGCGCCCGUCCUGCGAUGUCGUCCUCGUGCCCGGAGACGAGAAAGUUCCGGAGGAAAGCGACGUGACCAACGGCCGCCGUGGAGACCGCAAGACCAGCAACGGCGAGGUUGGACCAUCUCGGCUCGACUGUUUCUUUUCGACCGCUUACGGCGUCCCUCCUCGGGACUCUUCCGGUCUCAAGGGUCCCCCGGGGGUCCCCGCGGACCGCGGUCCCGAGGCUCCCAACGGCCUGCUGAGUCCUCGACUGCAGCCCCUGAACAACAGCCAGACGUCGCUCUGCGAGAUGCUGCAGGAGAAGGAGAAGAAGACGUGGGCCGGAGGGGCCUUGGGCAUGGACCACUCGGCGCUCAUCCCGCUGCGCUCCAAGAACUUCCGGGAGAGAAGCGACGCCCACUUUGUGGACGUCAUCAAAGGGGACAGCCUCAUGAAGGACUAUUUCUACAGGCCGCCCAUUAACAAGCUCUGCCUCACUUUCCUGGAUGAGAGCCUGGAGUCUGCCUACCAGAUCAGCUAUCAAGAAGAGGUGGAGGCCCGAGCAUCGGUUCAGACCUUCGCCAGCCCGACCUUCAGUUCUUUCCUGGACAUGCUGCUGUGCUCUUGCGUGUUUCUGGCUUUGUCCACGGCCUGUUUCCUUCGCCCCGUCGUUUCCCGGCUGCGUCUGCCCGCGCCGGCCGUCGUCGUGACCGGCACGGCCGCGUUGCUGGAGGCCCUGGCGCUCUUGUUUGCUGUCCGGAUGGCGUUCUACCUGGACGGCGCUCCCAAGUGCUCUCGGGCCGCGAUGAAGGCCGUGUCGGCGUGGGUGCCGCGGCACCUCGUCGGCGCCGUCACCGUGUCCUUGCCCGCUCUGGCCGUCUUCGCCCACGUCACCUGCGACCUGCGUCACUCCACGCAGUUCACCGUGUUCAUCUGCUGCGCCGUCAUCAUCGCGAUCAUUCACUUCUGCAACUCUUGCCAGCUCAGCUACUGGAUGCGCUCGAGCUUAGCGACCGUCGUCGGGCUGGCGCUUCUUUUGCUGCUCUUCACCUCCCCCUGCAGAGUUGCAGCAAAUCUUUUUUUCUGGCCAGACGAGCAGCGCGACGGCAGCAACAGCUCGGCUCUCCGACCCGAGAUGCGGGCCGGCGGCGGCGGCGAAGCCCACCCCGAAGAGCUGCUGGGCCCCGAAGCCUGCGUGGCCUUUUUCCUGCUCCUCCUCCUCGUCUGGUUCCUCAACCGGGAAUUCGAGGUGAGUUACCGCCUCCAUUACCACGGCAACGUGGAGGCCGACCAGCACCGCAUCAAGAUCCAGAACAUGCGGGACCAGGCGGACUGGCUGCUCCGCAACAUCAUCCCCAUCCACGUGGCGGAGCAGCUGAAGGUCACGCAGAGCUACUCCAAGAACCACGACAACGUGGGCGUCAUCUUCGCCAGCAUCGUCAACUUCAGCGAGUUCUACGAAGAGAGCUACGAAGGCGGCAAGGAGUGCUACCGGGUCCUCAACGAGCUGAUCGGCGACUUUGACGAGCUGCUGCGCGCGCCGGCCUUCGCCAACAUCGAAAAGAUCAAGACCAUCGGCGCCACCUACAUGGCGGCGGCGGGCCUCAACGCUCAGCAGUGCGCCGACGCCGCCCAUCCUCACGCUCACCUGCGGGCCCUCUUCGACUUCGCCCUGGAAAUGAUGCGCGUGGUGGACGACUUCAACAAGAACAUGCUGGGCUUCGGCUUCAAGCUCCGCAUCGGGUUCAACCACGGGCCCCUGACCGCCGGCGUCAUCGGCACCACCAAGCUGCUGUACGACAUCUGGGGCGACACGGUCAACAUCGCCUCCCGCAUGGACACCACCGGCGUGGAGUGCCGCGUCCAGGUCAGCGAGGAGAGCUACUGCGUGCUCAGCGGCAUGGACUACGACUUCGACUACCGCGGCACCGUCAACGUCAAGGGGAAAGGACAGAUGAAGACCUUCCUUUACCCCAAAUGCGGCGACGGCGGCCCGGUGCCGCAGUACCAGCUCUCCGUGUCCCCGGAGAUCCGAGCGCAGGUGGACGGCAGCAUCGGACGCUCGCCGACCGACGAGAUCGCCAGCGUGGUGCCCGGCGCCGGCGCCGGAUCCUCCGCCAAGACCGGGCUGAGCCGCGAGAGGGGCGACGGGCUCCAGUGGCGUCCCUCGGCGCAGCCCCGUCACGCCAGGCGCUCCGUAUCGCACGGCGGCCUGACGUCCGUGCACGUCACCGACCCGGAGGGUCCGCCGCUGGUCGCCGGUCGGAACAGGCUCGUCGUCUCGGCGGCGGAAAAGCCCACCCAGAAUGCAACGCCUGCGUCCCGGCAAGAGUCCAACAGACUGUGAACAUUUCGAGGCUUUCUGGGUAGGGAACCUUUUUCCUGUCCACCCAGGACGACGCGAUUGACAAACAAGUUCCAUCUUUGAGCGUUCCUAUUUUUUUUCCAGAAUGGCCGUCGUUUGCCCUUCAUCUCGUCCACCUGACAGUUGGCGUUCGAAACCAGACCAAAUGGAAAAGGCCAAAGGGAAGCACAUUCUUAGCGGCUUCCGCCAGGUCGGAAGGAACAGAACCCUCCGACUUGAUUCUCGCUCCCUUUAAUCUCUCUUCUUUUGAUAAGUGCCUUUAGAAUAGAACAUCUAGACUCCAGCCUUUUUUUUUUUUUUUUCCCACUUUUUUCCUACUUAAAAGGGAACAAAACAGUUUUGCUUUCCAAGCCGAGCUCUGUUUGCAGCCUUUUGCCUUUGAUAAUCAAACUGCUGACAUUAGAGGCGGAAAACGAUUCAAACGAGUAAUAUGCUUUCUUUGUUGGUCGUGAAAACGCCAAAGCUGUUUAAGAAGCUGCAUGUGGAGUGGCUGCGUUUAUGUUCAAAUCUAAAACCAGCGGAUGACGAGGAACCUUUUUGUAAGCCGUCGAAGGUUUAUUUCAGUUCUAUGCUGGUCUCGCAGGCUGGAAAUGAUCAUCCCGACUUGUUCUCGUCUUUGCGAAUCAGGAAGCUGCGCCUUUAAGAGUCUUUGGAAUUCGAGGAAAGCUCAACAUUCUCCUUCUUUUGAUUGCCAUCGCAACUCGAAUUGUUCAUGUGAAUCGUCGCCGUUUGCACUUUGAUCACAGAAGCCGAAUGUUUUUUCUUGACUGAAAUCGUUGAUUGCGUUGGAUUCUUCUUGUCACGAUGCAGCCUGAAAAGUGAAAGUCCAAAUGUUUUGCAAUUUGGAAACUUCUGGAAGAAUAUGCCUCAACAAACACUUAAAAGUCUGAAUGUCGACGGAGUUGCGUUCCGACUGCUGCGACCUAGCCUGAAUUAUUUUGGAAAGUUUUUCCACCGCUUUUCUACUGCAACAGCAAGUAAUUGUGACAUUUAUGUAAAGUGUAAUGUAAAAACAUUUGGACUUCAUAUGGAGCCUUGUGGAACCCCCGCCGUAUCUAUAUACAGGUUUCUCACUAACCUAUGCUAACACUGGUGAAAUCAUAAUUAGAAUACAUUUUCCUACCGAAAACAUUUCAAGUCGACAUCUUACAAUUUGAAGCUUUUCUGGAAAAGUAUGCUUUAGAAGUCACUCAAAAGCCUGGAAUUGGCCGGCGUUACGUUCAUACAGUGCCGACGUACCCCGCACAGUCUAUCGCGAAUUAUCCGCUAUAAUCCAAGUCGUCGUGAAAAUUCUUGUAAAUUCUUCGGGCCCGGUGUAGACUCUUGUGGAAUGUCUGCGAUGAAGUUUCAUUCUUACGGCUCCGAGGUCAGCCGAGCCUGAGUUCGGAGUCUGAACUCUGCGUAGUCACUAGCCUACGCUGACACCUUAGCGACGUCAUAUUUAUAGUUCAUCAUUCAUUAAUUUUCCGUACCGCUUCUCAUCCUGGAGCCGAUUCCAUCUCGGUCACCAGCCAAUCACGGGGCAGAUAUAAAUAAACACCAAUUUGCACUCCACACCUAUGGGCAAUUAAUAGUUGAUAUUUGUUUGAAAAAAAACUUGAAGGUCAGAGAGAUAAAAUAAGACGCGAGACUCCCAGAAAUCUCCUCUUUACAUCCAUAUCAUGUCAUCAAUUUCCACUUUUUUGUUUUUUUUUUUACAUUUCUAUGGCAUUUGCUUUACGUAUGAUUUUUUUUUUUUUUCAUUUUAUUAUUAUUAUUUUAUUUUUAGUGGUUCAUAUGUCUGGCUCACAGUUGUGAGGUUCUUGGCCUUCCUUUGUGUUUGCAAAAUAGCCAAAAAGCCGAUUUAUUUCAUA